AUGAGCUACAGCUCCGCUGCGGCGACUCCGCUGCAGGAUAACGGGCAGCCGAGCAGGGAUGACGCCGUCCCUUCUGAGACAGUCUUUCCACCGGCCCCCGCUAAUGGUUCGAAAGGACCGUCUACCCAGCCCCUUUUGGGUCAGAAUGUCACGACACCAAGAGCCCCGUCGUCCGACAACGCCGAGGCAGACGCCGAGCUGCUGAAGCAGCAGCUUAAACUCAUUCAGCUAUGCUUCGCCGAGCACGAGUUCGGCAUCAUCGUGGACGAGAACAACCCCACCGACAGUCGCUCGAGCUCGUCGUGCAGUGACGCCUCGUCGCUCUCCUCAUUUGAUUCGGUGAAGGGCCAAGAGACUGCGCAGCGACGGCGCGGCCCGCGUAGUCUCCCUGCCUACGAUCCGUUGGCGUUUGUGAAGGGGAAGGUGCAGCAUGGCGUGCCGCUCGCCUCGCUCUCUCAAGACCUGCAUGCCUAUGUGGAGUAUCUGGAGGACAGGAUUGCACAGUGCGUGAACACCGACGUCCACACUGCGUUUGUGAAUGUGUCAGGCCACCUCGUGGGGAUGCGUGACGAGCUCUCCUACAUGGAGCGCCCCCUCACCGCCGCGAUGGAGAAACUAUAUUCCGCUGUUGGUCAGCUCUCGAUGACGUCGCAGAAGGUGAAGGACAAGGUGAAGGCGGCGUGUGAUGCCGAGAUGGAGCGCGCCUUCGAUGCUAUGUACCUAAAGUGUAUGGUGGUGUACGAGACGGUUGCCUACCAGCUGGAUGACCUAGCUGGACUGCUGCACAUCACGGUGGUUUCCGCGGCAGGGACGGCGCGCAGCGCCGUCACUAGCACCGGCACGCGUGCCGGUAGUGCGCCAAUGUUCCCGCUCGCGAUGACAUCGCGCGACGACAGUGACAAGAGCGGCGCCGCACCAGGAAAGAUGUCCUUCUCGAUCGCGUCCGGUACCCGACUUUCCGAUGCCGCACUGGAUGUACUCGAGGACGCGGUGUUGCUCUUCCAGGAGCUGAAGGAAAUUCACCAGCGCCUCGGCUCGUUGCCAUCGCGCCAGCAGGAAAAGAUGGAGGUGAUGACAUACGUAGCCGCUGCCGAGCAGUCUGUGAUGGGUGUGCUGGAGGUUGUCCUGGUUCACACCAGCCAACUUGUCUUCCGCCCCACCUCAGAGAACAGUGGUGCUGCUUCGAUGUCGUCUCCGUCUGCGGUGGCGGGCAAUAAAUGUUCCACCCCCGCGUGCAUGACGGCAGGCUCGCCUGUCGCUUGGCAGCUUCUCGGCCGCGUCAUUGAGCUCUACGCCCAGGCGGGAGAGAUGAAGCAGUUCGCCGCGGUGUUCCGCAACGCUGUGCUGCGUCCGCCGCUGGAGGCGGUGGUUUCGUGGAAAGCGGCAACACAGGCUCGGCAGAGCGCCGAGGGCAUGGUGGCGCUUCUGAAGCAGGUGAAAGCUGUACUGCAGACCACUUUUCUCCCACUGUUACCGCUGCUGCGGGAGCACUACGGCUCCGCCCUGCACCCAACGGCGACGAUCGUGUGGCCCAUCUUAAGCGAGACGCUGGUGAAGAAGCUGCCCUCGCUUUACGAGGUCGGCAUCCCGAAUCACUUCCAAGUCAAGUAUAAGGCAGCCUACGAGCUGCUCGCGAUCGUUGAGAGCUCCUGCGCCGACCUGGAGGAGCUGGCAGUCUUGCGUCAAUCACCGGAUGUCGUCCUGUGGAACCACAAGUGGAAUAUCAACGUCUACGCUGCGCUGCGCGUGAGUGAGGUGGACAAGGCGGUGCAGUCCGUCUCCUCCCCUCUUGACCGCCUCCCAGCAGCGACGAACACUCAGUACCAACUCCGCCUCUUCUAUAUUGCGCAUCAGCAGCUGCUCCACCUCUUCUCAUCCUCCGUGUUUUCGCUGCUGUGCACGCCCUGGUUUCUACGACAGACUGUUGUAUGUUGCUACCGGGUCUUGACGCGGGUGCAGGAGGCUGUCGCCGUGACGACGCCGGCUCCGAGCAGUGGAAUGUCGGCUGAGGAUAGACGGACGAGCACACCAGCGUCGGAAAACGGCAGCACGCCCGCCGCGCGGGCUUCCGACCCGCUGCUGCUAGCGAUCGCUGACGCGCACACGCUGAGCAACUUUCUGACGGGACAGCUGCGGGAUGUCAUUCUCGGGCGACUGGCAGCUGAGUCAGGCCGGGAGCUGGCUUCAAUGACCUCCUUGACUACCACGACCGCCACCACACCUGCGUUCGAGCGUAGCACGGCGGACCUUGUCACGGAAGUCCUGCAGUUCGCCAGCGCGUCUGUGUGCGGCCAGUUUGUGCAGCGGGCGAGGGUGACACUUGUGCACCAGAUCACCGACGCCGCGGUAGUGCCACUGCAAAAUAUCAAGUCCGUGCGCUCAGCAUAUUCCCACACGCGCAAGACGAUGCCAUCGGCAGCCUCCUGGUACGUCGCUCCGGCGCUGCAACCACUGCAGAAGUUCGCCGAAGAGGCGCAGCGUAGCGGAUUUAGUGAGGCGGCGCUUCAGGACAGCGUGGCGGAUAUGUUGCGGACAGUCAUGUCGCACUUUGUCGCGCUGGCCAGAGAAACGCUACUCACGGCCAAGAAGACGGAGGAGAGCUGGGAGAAGCUGCGCCGUCGCAAGGAGGGGGCUUCGGCGUUGCAGACGACGGAGGCUACUCCUGACAACAGCGAGGAGGUCAGCGGGGGCGCCGUAUCGACGGCUGGUGGGCAGCGCGUCACCAUGGAGACGGCGACGGACCGUGAUAAAAUGACGAUUCAGCUGUGGAUGGAUGCCCGCGCUAUGUUGGAGGUGGUGCAGGUACCUCCCCUCAGCUUGGCCUCUGUGACGGCAGCCGAGUUGUUUGAUCCGGCGUUUCGCCUACUGCGCCGCGCCGAGUGGAUUCAAGGGGCUGACAUCCCUGAACCGCCGGAUGUCGAUGCGUGA